AUGUCCUCCCCACUGACUCUUUCACUGUUUGCUUCCACAGCGUCGAGCUGUUGCUGUCGAUGGUGCUGUGGGCCCCAGCGUCAGUUUAAACUAGACUUCUAUACUCCUAGCGAUGAUCUUGUAUUCACGUUGCACCGGAAGUCGUGUCGCUGUGACUGCUGCUGCUGUCUGGACUGCAUGUUUUGUAACAACAAAGUGUACGUCGUGGACUGCCUCAAUAGGACGCUUGGUUCCAUCAAACAGCAGUACAGUUUGUGUGGCAGUCGGUUUGAUAUCGUGGAUAGCGAAGGAGCAAUGGUGGCGAAGAUUGUGGGCCCCGCUUGUUCGUGUCGAUGUGCCGCCGAGUCCACACUAGAGAUAAUUGACAAGACGGGGGAGGAGAUUAUCGGCCACAUCAACAAGAAGUGGGAGGGUAACCGGGACGACGGGAUCAACAUGGACCACGAGUACUUCGACAUCCACUUUCCGGAAAAGAUGGACCCCAUAGAGAAAAUGUUGGUGGUUGGAGCGGCAUUCCUCAUGGAAGUGGACGCCUCCCUGGUAACAGGUCGUGAGUGGACACAAAAACCGUCGGUUUGA